AUGCGCCUGUUCCUCGUGCUCGCUUCCUUCGUUGCCUUUGCACUCGCUCAAGGCCGCGGCAGCCCCGAAUGGCGCAAUACUCGUCCCGGCCAACCCACCCCAGAUCGGAAAUGCAUAAAAUACUGGGGUCUCUGCCACGGGGACUGGGAUACAUGCAACCAGGAAAAUGCGUCACCGGGUGGAGGACAAUCUAACAACUACAGCGCCGUGGUUGAUUACGCCACAUCAGCGAAAGGAUGUAAUCCGUUUGCGUGCCUCGAGGUCCUGGUUGUGUCGCGCUGCAUCACGAAGGGGAUCGCGAACAGAGAUACAGAUGCAGUUUCCAGCUGUAGUGCUGAUGUCUGCGACUGUCUGGAGUGUAUUCCAGGGUUGGACGCUUUCGACCGACGUUAUGGAGUUUGCAAUUAA